UUUUUUGGUUCUGUGCUUAAGCUUUGUAUAUAUCAGUAUAAGGACGCGAAUUAUACAGUUUUGUAUUCAUUAAGCAAAUUUGAAGACAUUUAGCGAUGGCAACAGAGUCUGUAGAAAAAACUAGCGACGAUGCUCCGGCUAACGGCAAAGAUUGCACCCGAUUCGACUUGGAGAAGGAGACCGAGCUUCGGUUUGAGGUGGAAGCAGGAGAGGCCGCGGAGCAAGUGGAGCUGGAACUCCUGUCGGGACUGGCUGAAGUGUUCGGUUCAGAACUGAACCGCAACAAGAAGUACGUGUUUGGACCAGGAUCCAAAAUAGCUGUUUUCACCUGGCAAGGAUGCAGUGUGAAUCUUCAUGGAAAGCCAGAGGUGGCCUAUGUGUCUAAAGAUACUCCCAUGCUGCUCUACCUGAACACCCACGCUGCCCUGGAACAGAUGAGAAAACAAGCAGAACGGGAAAAUGAGAGGGGACCAAGGGUGAUGGUGGUGGGUCCCACAGAUGUAGGGAAGUCAACAGUGUGUCGAAUGCUUCUCAACUACGCUGUCAGGGUUGGCAGGAGACCAACCCUUGUGGAACUGGAUGUUGGACAAAGUGGUGUGUCAGUACCAGGGACGGUGUCAGCGCUGUGCAUUGAACGGCCGGCGGAUGUGGAGGAGGGCUUCUCUGUCCAGGCUCCUCUGGUCUACCACUUUGGCUCCACCACUCCAGGCACCAACAUUAAACUUUAUAACAAGCUGACAUCCUGCCUCGCUGAGAUGUUUUCCCAGCGCUGUGAGGUAAACAGGAAGGCCAGCGUAGGAGGCUGCAUCAUCAACACCUGCGGCUGGGUGAAGGGUUCAGGAUACCAGGCUUUGGUCCACUGUGCCUCCACCUUUCAGGUGGAUGUGGUGCUGGUUUUGGACCACGAAAGGCUCUACAAUGAGCUUAAACGCGACCUGCCCCACUUUGUGCGAGUUGUACUUCUGCCCAAGUCUGGGGGGGUGGUGGAGCGCUCCAAAGAGUGCCGGCGGGACACCAGGGAUGAAAAGAUCCGCGAGUAUUUCUAUGGAUUCCGUGGAGUGUCCUACUACCCCUUUUCCUAUGAGGUGCGCUUCUCUGACGUCCGCAUUUACAAAAUUGGUGCACCGUCUAUCCCAGACUCGUGCUUACCUCUAGGGAUGUCUCAGGACGAUACGCAGCUAAAGCUGGUGCCUGUCACACCAGGGAGAGACCUGACGUACCAUGUUCUGAGCGUGAGCAGCGUUGACGACGGAGACGAAGGUGCAAGAAAGAGCAUUGUGGAGAUUCCUGUGUGUGGUUUUAUUGUGGUAACUUUUGUUGACACUCAGACACAGGUGAUGAAAGUGUUAUCCCCAGCACCCAGACCUCUCCCCAGACACACUCUGCUUAUCAUGGACAUACGCUUUAUGGACAUGAAGUAAUGCAGAACAUACUUGAAGUGAGGAGAGAUGGGUGCAUUUGUUUAAAAGUUUUUGGUGUUUUGUAAAAAACCUCUGUAACAAAGUACCUCAGCAAUUUGUUGUAAAUGAUGACAUAUUUUUAAACUUUUAUGUACAAAUGCAAAA